AUGGUUAUGGGGCCAGGCAGCCUCCCCCCGGCGGCUGUGGAGCGGCUCCGGGGGCCGCGGCGGCGGCCUCUGCUCAGCAUGGUGCUGCUGGUGUCCGUGUGCCUGGCCCCGCCGUCCGCAGUGCGUGGCCAGCAGUGCCGAAUCCAGCGCUGCAAUGCAGACUACGUGGCUGCCACAUCUCCUACCCAUGCCUUGCCGGAAGAGACGCCGCUGGACGUGGAUUAUUGCAUUGCCUUGCGGGCGUACUCCGUGUGCACCAGAAAGACAGCCAAAUCCUGCCGGGGAGACCUGGUGUAUCACUCGGCCGUCUUCCGAAUCAAGGAACUCUUUCCGCAGCACAACUGCUCCAGCGACGGGCCGACUUCCUCGGCAAAAGCCCCCGGCACACCGGACCCUCUGGUUUCAGAGCUGUGCAACUACGAGAGCAGAUCUGGCUUUCAGAAGAAAUUUGCCCACUGUGGAUUAUUUGGGGAUCCUCAUUUAAGGACCUUUAAAGAUGAGUUUCAGACGUGUAAAGUAGAGGGCGCUUGGCCGCUAAUAGACAAUCAGUACCUGUCGGUCCAGGUCACCAACGUCCCAGUUGUUCUGGGAUCCAGCGCCACGGCCACCAGCAAGAUCACGCUGAUCUUUAAGAGUUACCAGGGCUGCACGGAGCAGAAGGUUUAUCAGGCGACCACAGAGGACCUGCCGCUGGCGUUCAGUGACGGCACAAGAACCGGAGGGUGGCAGGAGAGCGCCAGCAGCCUGCGCAUCCUGGAAAAGCCGGACGCCGGCCAGGUGGAGAUCCAGGCCAACUACAUCGGCAGCACUGUCAUCAUCCGCCAAGUGGGCCGCUACCUCACCUUCGCCAUCCGUGUGCCGGAGGAGACCCUGAACCUCUCGGAGGAGAGCGCCGGCCUCCAGCUCUGUCUGCACGGCUGCCCGAAGAACGAGCUGAUCCAAGAGCACAGGCUAAGUCUGGGGAGCUCCAGCCCCCUCUGGCCCAGCUCCCGACGGGCCUACACGGUGGAGAUGGCCACCGAGCAGUGUCGCCACAUCCUGCAGGUGGAGGACGUGUAUUUCCAGUCCUGCGUCUUUGACCUGCUCACCACGGGGGACCCGGAGUUCUCCAUGGCUGCUUACGGGGCCUUGGAAGACUUGAAGGCGUUGUACCCCAGCAGACUCAAGUUGCAUACGGUCUCCAAGACUAUUAAUGUGGCCACUGGCGCUCCCGGGCCUGGGCAGCCCGCUGCCUCGUUAGUCUGGUGCGGUCUUGCCUUCCUAAAGCUGUUCUGGUGCUGCUAA